GGGAGAGCUGGAGAGCAGAGCGACCGUGUGUGUACUGUGUACUGUGUACUGUGUGUAUACACCGUGUGUGCGUGCGAGUGACGCGUGAGAAACGAUUCGAAAAGGGGAGAGGCGAACGUGACACCACACCUUUUUUCGAACCACGUGACCCCCAAUUCCCUUUCGUGUCCUCCCUCGCCUCGCACCAGCGAGUAUAUAAACCCCAUCGAUCCGGUCCAUCGACGACGACCAACCAUCGUUCAUCAUCACCUCCUCCUCCUCCACCAGCAAUCUUCGACGACGACGAUGACCAGAACGACCAGGACCAGGACCAGGACCAGUACCACCACCACCAUCAACUCUCCCUGUGCGGGUUUGUGCAUCCCAUUCGUGAUCGGGGGUCUCGUUACCGGUUCAACCACUCCUGAUCACGCUGAACACACGGAAACCCGCAUUCCUCCGAAAGCCCGUCCCCAUCAUGAGAUAGCUAGGUGCUUUUGCGCGAGGUCGGGACCCCUCUGGAUCGGCGAGGGCGGUGACCCAUGUCGAGGAUGCGAGUGCGGCAGGGGGGGGUUCGGGCGUCCUGUGAGCGCCGAGCGAAUCGGGCAUAUCUGUGGCGUGGCCACCUCCCCUGAAACCCUUCGUAGCGGACAUGGGAGGACGACUUUCGACGACAACGACACGGCGACCGGGCGGUUCGAGGGACGACUUUCGACCACGAGGAUGGGGAACACGCCCGGACCGGAUUCGACCGCUGCUGAGUUUCUCGAUCUUUGUGCUCUCCUUUGCCUCGAGCUGAUCCUCCUUUCAACCCGAUAUGGUCCACAUCCCGUGUUCCCUAGGCCCCACCCUACUCCUUUACCCCCGCUUUACUCCUCGUCGGCUAGGACCUCGCAACCGUACCGUCCCGGAACGAAAUCGGACUCUGUCCUUCUUUCCCCUUGCGUAAGUCUGACCGUCCGCAGGCUCCACCCGUCACUCUCAAUCCUUUCCAUACCCGUCAGGUCGUACUCGAACUCGUUUAUCAUCGCUCAUACGAUCCUCCAUCCUCUUCUUCUUGUUCUCAGUACCUCGGCUUGGACCCGCCAGGUCCCGGAGCCCCCGCUUCCAACACCUCGCAAGGAAGCCGGGAUCCGCCGUCUCGUCCUUUAUCCCAUUCGGCAUGUCUUGAUCUUCCUCCUCUUCAGUUUCCGGUUUUUCGGUGAACUUUUCCCUCCUAUCGCCAUGCGGGAGGGAACGACCACAAAGUACCUCGUCCAGAGAGAGUUCGACUUUUGCCAGCACUGCACCGCCUUGCCUUUGGCCGGGCGACUCAACAGUCUCGGCCAUUGGGUUCAGAAGAGCCGUCCAUACGGCAAGGAAAACAUUUGUGCAUACGGGUUUGUCCAAAAUCCCUUGGAGUGGCUCGAGCAACGGUCGUUCCGAGCUACCCCGCUCGAAAACCAUGACGCGCUAUCGCGAGAUCGCCAUCAGAAAUUGAGCCAUCCGACCCAAGACCCAAGGGGGGUUACAGAGGGGAUCCAUGUCUCGAUUGACUAUGCCAACUGUGUAUACCGGCGAGAAUCGCGCGACCUCAUCUCCGAGAGACGUCAUCCAAUUGCAGCCCGACGGCCAGAGCGAGCUAAGCGUCUUAUCGAGGAAGAGCUUCGCGCUUCUCGCAUCCGGGUGAUGUCGCACGGAUGUAACGGCGCUCUUUGGCAUAACGUUCGCAAGAUGGUUCAAGCCGGAUGUCGUUGUUUCCUUGCGACCGACGAAGCGGAUUCAUUUCCAUGA